AUGCCCCGCGCCGCUCCCCAGUGGCCGCCGCUCCUGCUGCUGUUGCUGCAGCCGCUCGCCCUCGGCGCCCCGGCCCGGCCCGGAGCCCAGGGCCAGGCCUCGGAGCUGGUGGUGCCCACGCGGUGGGCGACCGACGCGGACGAGCUGGCGCUCCACCUGUCCGCCUUCGGCCAGGACUUCGUGCUGCGCCUGGCGCCCGACGCCAGCUUCUUGGCGCCCGAGUUCAAGAUCGAGCGCCUGGGGAGCCCCGGCGGGGCUGCCGGGGGCGAGCGCGAGCUGCGUGACUGCUUCUUCUCGGGCACGGUGAACGGGGAGCCGGAGUCUCUGGCAGCCGUCAGCCUGUGCGGCGGACUGAGUGGCUCCUUCCUGCUGGACGGCGAGGAGUUCACCAUCCAGCCGCAGGGCGCGGGGGACUCCCUGCACCGGCCGCACCGCCUGCAGCGCUGGGCACCGGGGGCGCGCCGCGCCCAGCCCCACCCCUUCCCUCGAGGACCCGAGUCGGGGAUGCAGACGGGCGACGGCCAGAGGCAGGACAGAGACGACGAGCACGAGAAGGAAGAGGAGGAGGAGGAGGCACAGGAGGAGGAAGGCGAAGAAGACGAGUCGGAAGACGCUGGCGAGCUGCUGUCACCCCUGGGGGGCACGAGUAGGACCAAGCGGUUUGUGUCUGAGGCCCGCUUCGUGGAAACGCUGCUGGUGGCUGACGCGUCCAUGGCAGCCUUCUAUGGAGCCGACCUGCAGAACCACAUCCUGACUCUCAUGUCUGUGGCUGCCCGCAUCUACAAGCACCCCAGCAUCAGAAACUCCAUCCACCUGAUGGUGGUGAAAGUGCUGAUAGUGGAAGAUGAGAAAUGGGGCCCCGAAGUGUCUGACAAUGGGGGGCUGACGCUGCGCAACUUCUGCAACUGGCAGCGGCGUUUCAACCAGCCCAGCGACCGGCACCCAGAGCACUUCGACACGGCCAUUCUGCUCACCAGACAGAACUUCUGCGGGAAGGACGGCAUGUGUGACACCCUGGGCGUGGCGGACAUUGGCACCAUCUGUGACCCCAACAAGAGCUGCUCCGUGAUCGAGGACGAGGGGCUCCAGGCGGCCUACACUCUGGCCCAUGAGCUGGGGCACGUGCUCAGCAUGCCCCACGACGACUCCAAGCCCUGUGCACGGCUCUUUGGGCCCAUGGGCAAGCACCACAUGAUGGCACCCCUCUUCGUCCACCUAAACAAGACGCUGCCCUGGUCUCCCUGCAGUGCCAUGUACCUCACGGAGCUCCUGGACGGAGGGCACGGUGACUGUCUCCUCGACGCCCCCACCUCGGCCCUGCCCCUCCCAACAGACCUCCCGGGGCAGAGGGCACUCUAUGAGCUGGACCAGCAGUGCAAGCAGAUCUUUGGGCUGGGUUUCCGCCACUGUCCCAACACCUCUGCGCAGGACAUCUGUGCCCAGCUCUGGUGCCACAUGGAGGGCGCCGAGCCCCUUUGCCACACGAAGAACGGCAGCCUGCCCUGGGCUGAUGGGACGCCCUGUGGGCCCGGGCACUUGUGCUGGGAGGGCAGCUGCCUUCCUCAGGAGGAAGUGGAGAGGCCCAAGGCCGUGGUGGAUGGAGGCUGGGCCCCCUGGGGACCCUGGGGAGAGUGUUCCCGGACCUGCGGAGGAGGAGUGCAGUUUUCACACCGUGAGUGCAAGGACCCUGAGCCGCGGAACGGAGGGAGAUACUGCUUGGGCCGGAGAACCAAGUACCAGUCGUGCCACACAGAGGAAUGUCCCCCUGAUGGGAAGAGCUUCCGGGAGCAGCAGUGUGAGAAGUAUAAUGCCUACAAUUACACUGAUAUGGAUGGGAACCUCCUGCAGUGGGUCCCCAAGUACGCGGGGGUGUCCCCCCGAGACCGCUGCAAGUUAUUCUGUCGAGCCCGGGGGAGGAGUGAGUUCAAAGUGUUUGAGGCCAAGGUGAUCGACGGCACCCUGUGUGGGCCAGAGACUCUGGCCAUCUGUGUCCGUGGCCAGUGUGUCAAGGCUGGCUGUGACCAUGUGGUGGACUCGCCUAGGAAGCUGGACAAAUGUGGGGUGUGUGGGGGCAAAGGCAACUCCUGCAGGAAGAUCUCCGGUUCCCUCAACCCCUCCAGUUAUGGCUACAAUGACAUCGUCACCAUCCCAGCUGGUGCCACGAACAUUGAUGUGAAACAACGGAGCCACCCAGGGGUCCAGAACGAUGGCAACUACCUGGCGUUGAAGACCGCCGACGGGCAGUACCUGCUCAACGGGAACCUGGCCAUCUCCGCCAUAGAGCAGGACAUCUUGGUGAAGGGGACCAUUCUGAAGUACAGUGGCUCCAUUGCCACCCUGGAGCGGCUGCAGAGCUUCCGGCCCCUGCCUGAGCCUCUGACCGUGCAGCUCCUGACAGUCCCUGGUAAGGACUUUCCCCCCAAAGUCAAAUACACCUUCUUUGUUCCCAAUGACGUGAACUUCAGCGUACAGAGCAGCAAAGAGAGAGCAACGACCAACGUCAUCCAGCCCCUGCUCAACGCGCAGUGGGUCCUCGGGGACUGGUCCGCGUGCUCGAGCAGCUGCGGAGCGGGCUGGCAGCGACGGACCGUGGAGUGCCGGGACCCCGGCGGGCAGGCCUCUGCUGCCUGCAACAAGGCUCUGAAACCCGAGGACGCCAAGCCCUGUGAAAGCCAGCCGUGCUCUCUGUGAC